CAGGCCCGGGCAGCCUCCGCCCCUUCAGCCCCGGCCGGGCCCGUCGCCGCCUCGGGCCGCGGAGGCCGGGGAGUCCCUGCCUGGGCCCGCAACCUCCCUCUUGGGGGUCGGGCCCAGGCGGGGGGCCCCCGCACAGCUGCCUCCCUUCCUCAUUUCCUGCUUUUGCGUUUGCCUGGGGUGGGCCGAGGUCUAGAUGAAUAGCUUCGGGCCUCCUCGAUGAGGCCGCUGUGCUCCUUUUAAAGGUGCCGGCGGGGCCCGGGUGGGGAACGGGUUGUCUUUGCAUGGGCGGGGGACUCCCCGAGCCUGCCGGGACCAUGACCUGAACUGUGCGAGCGGGACGCGUGAGAUCCAAAGAGCCAGCUCACCUGAGCCACCCCCCCCUUCCGGCCAGCAUGACUGGAAGCCUCUGUGUCCUCAUCCCAAUUGCUCUCAGCUGAACUGCUGCUCGAAAGCCUGAAGCUUAACCAGCCAAAUGCUUAACCAGCCAAAAGCUGCUAGUUUCUGGUCCUCACACCUUAUAUACCUUUCUGCUUUCUUCCACCACUCCCUGGGAUUAAAGGCUCGCUUUCUGGGAUUAAGGGCGUGAUGAGUCACCAUGCCUGUCUGUUUCCUUGAACACAUGGAUCUCUGCCUCUGGAAUGCUAGGAUUAAAGGCGUGUCCUACCACUGCCUAUCUUUUAUGUUUAAUAUUGUGGUUUUUCUGUCUCUGACCCCAGAUAAAUUUAUUAGCAUGCACAAUAUUUUGGGGAACACAGUACCACAGUAAACAGCCUGGUAUUUGGGCUUGUGUCUGGUGAUGUGCUCGGCUGGUUCUAGCACUGUCUCCUGGAGCUGCCACGUGUCCAUUGGUCUUUGCAGUUGCUGGAGCUUCUCAGUUUGCACCUUAGCUUCUUGGGUUGGGGUGGAGUGUGCUGGGUAGGUUGACUGGCAGUGGAUUCUUGGGAGAGGCUGUAAGUGAUCAUUUAACUUAGACACCAGCAUGGCAAUGUCUGAUGCUCUGCUUGGGCUUGGAGUGUGUGACUCAGGAGUUUCUUGAGGCCCCACUUCUCUCCUCUUUCCUUGAACUCUCAUCUUCCCUUUUCAUGGUCUCCUUUCUGUGUGGUGAUGUACUGUGUAUCAAAGAAAGCGUGCCUGAGGAGCAGAGGACAGAACCAGCACUAGAUUAAACACAGAGGCCAGACAGGGGUGGCACACGCCUUUAAUCCCAGCACUCGGGAGGCAGGGAUCUGUCUCUGUGAGUUCAAAGCCACCCUGGACUACAUGAGAUUGAUUCAGUCUAGGAGAGAAACAACCAGAGAGUGGUAGCACACACCUUUAAUCCCAGCACUUGAGAUCUCAUACCUUUGCUAGCAGUAUUUGGGAAGCACACACGCCUUUAAUCCCAGCACUAGGAAGGAAGUGAAAUGACUGGGCAGAGAAAGGUAUAUAAGGUGUGAGGAGACGGGAACAAGCGCCUUUCGGCUGAGGACUUUCAGCUAGAGGAUGUGUGGAGACAGGAUCUCACCUUCCAUUCGGCCUGAGGACCCGGUAGUGGCAUCUGAAGAAGCCUCCCUCAGGGCACUGGAAAGUCUGAUGACAGAAUUUUUCCAUGAUUGUACAACCAAUGAAAGAAAACGUGAGAUAGAGGAGCUUCUUAAUAACUUUGCCCAGCAAGUAGGAGCCUGGAGAUUCUGCUUGUAUUUUCUGUCCAGCACAAGGAAUGACUAUGUGAUGAUGUACAGCUUAACGGUUUUUGAGAAUCUGAUCAAUAAAAUGUGGCUUGGGGUCCCAUCUCAGGAUAAGAUGGAAAUCCGUAGCUGCUUGCCCAAACUUCUCUUGGCUCACCAUAAAACCUUACCUUACUUUAUCCGGAACAAACUCUGCAAAGUUAUUGUUGAUAUUGGACGCCAAGAUUGGCCCAUGUUCUACCAUGACUUUUUCACUAACAUUUUACAGUUGAUCCAGUCCCCUGUGACAACCCCCCUUGGGCUGAUCAUGUUGAAGACAACUUCGGAAGAGCUAGCUUGUCCCCGUGAGGACCUCAGUGUGGCUCGGAAGGAGGAGUUGCGGAAGCUGCUGCUGGACCAGGUGCAGACAGUGCUUGGGCUCUUGACAGGUAUCUUGGAAACUGUCUGGGACAAACACAGUGUUACUGCUGCCACCCCACCACCAUCCCCGACCUCAGGAGAAAGUGGUGAUUUACUGAGUAACCUGUUGCAGAGUCCUAGUUCAGCCAAACUGCUGCCCCAGCCCAUCCCCGUGCUGGAUGUGGAGAGUGAGUAUGUCUGUUCCCUGGCCUUGGAAUGCCUGGCCCACCUCUUCAGUUGGAUUCCUCUGUCUGCCAGCAUCACCCCAUCCCUCCUCACCACUAUCUUCCACUUUGCUCGAUUUGGCUGUGAUACCCGGGCCAGAAAGAUGGCAUCAGUGAAUGGCAGCAGCCAGAACUGUGUUUUGGGUCAGGAGCGUGGCCGACUUGGGGUCUUGGCCAUGUCCUGCAUCAAUGAACUCAUGUCCAAGAACUGUGUGCCUAUGGAAUUUGAGGAAUACUUAUUACGAAUGUUCCAGCAAACCUUCUACCUCCUGCAAAAAAUCACCAAGGAUAACAAUGCCCACACGGUGAAGAGCAGGCUAGAGGAGCUCGAUGAGAGCUACAUUGAGAAGUUUACCGACUUUCUGCGGCUCUUUGUGAGUGUUCACCUGAGAAGAAUCGAGUCCUACUCUCAGUUCCCUGUGGUAGAGUUCCUGACCCUUCUGUUCAAGUACACGUUUCAUCAGCCUACUCAUGAAGGUUACUUCUCUUGUUUGGAUAUCUGGACACUGUUUUUGGACUAUCUGACAAGUAAAAUUAAAAGUCGUCUGGGAGACAAGGAAGCAGUUCUCAACAGGUACGAAGAUGCCCUGGUCCUCUUGCUCACAGAGGUGUUGAAUCGAAUCCAGUUCAGAUACAACCAGGCCCAGCUGGAGGAGUUGGAUGAUGAAACUCUGGAUGACGAUCAGCAGACAGAGUGGCAGCGGUACUUACGCCAGAGCUUGGAGGUGGUGGCCAAAGUGAUGGAACUCCUUCCCACACACGCCUUCUCAACUCUGUUCCCAGUUCUUCAGGACAAUUUAGAAGUUUAUUUGGGAUUACAGCAAUUUGUAGUUACUUCGGGGUCAGGACACAGGCUGAACAUCACAGCGGAGAAUGACUGCCGGCGCUUGCACUGCUCACUGAGAGACUUGAGCUCCCUGCUGCAGGCUGUGGGCCGUUUAGCCGAGUACUUCACUGGGGAUGUGUUUGCUGCAAGGUUCAACGAUGCUCUCACAGUCGUGGAGAGGUUGGUCAAAGUUACUCUGUAUGGAUCUCAGAUAAAACUGUACAACAUUGAAACAGCUGUGCCAUCAGUGUUGAAACCUGACCUCAUUGAUGUGCAUGCCCAGUCACUUGCUGCUCUCCAGGCCUACUCCCAUUGGUUGGCACAGUAUUGCAGUGAAGCCCAUCGACAGAACACACAGCAGUUUGUGACACUCAUCUCUACCACCAUGGAUGCGAUCACACCUCUCAUCAGCACCAAGGUCCAAGACAAGCUGCUGCUGUCUGCAUGCCACCUACUGGUCUCAGUAGCCACCACUGUGCGGCCGGUUUUUCUCAUCAGCAUCCCUGCGGUGCAGAAGGUGUUCAACAGCAUCAUCGAUGCCUCUGCCCAGCGCCUGGCAGACAAGGCACAGGUUUUGGUUUGCCGUGCACUCUCUAACACCUUGCUCCUUCCAUGGCCAAAUCUUCCUGAGAGUGAGCAGCAGUGGCCCCUGCGCUCUAUCAAUCAUGCCAGCCUCAUCUCUGCACUCUCUCGGGACUACCACAGCCUGAAGCCCAGUGCUGCCGCCCCCCAGAGCAAAGUACCGCUGGAUGAUACCAAAGUGAUUAUUCACCAGACACUUAGUGUCUUGGAAGACAUUGUGGAGAAUAUCUCUGGGGAAUCCACCAAGUCUCGACAGAUCUGUUACCAGUCACUGCAGGAAUCUGUUCAGGUCUCCUUGGCCCUCUUUCCAGCUUUUAUCCAUCAGUCAGAUGUGACUGAUGAGAUGCUGAGCUUCUUCCUCACCUUGUUUCGAGGCCUUAGAGUACAGAUGGGUGUGCCUUUCACAGAGCAGAUCAUACAGACUUUCCUCAACAUGUUUACCAGAGAACAAUUGGCUGAGAGCAUCCUCCAUGAAGGCAGCACUGGCUGCCGGGUGGUGGAAAAGUUCCUGAAGAUCCUGCAGGUGGUGGUGCAGGAGCCUGGCCAGGUGUUCAAGCCCUUCCUCCCCAGCAUUAUUGCGCUGUGCAUGGAGCAGGUGUACCCCAUCAUUGCUGAGCGCCCAUCACCUGACGUGAAGGCUGAGCUGUUUGAGCUCCUCUUUCGAACGCUCCAUCACAACUGGCGGUACUUCUUCAAGUCUACUGUCCUGGCUAGCGUGCAGAGGGGCAUUGCUGAGGAGCAGAUGGAGAAUGAACCCCAGUUCAGUGCCAUCAUGCAGGCUUUUGGACAGUCCUUUCUUCAGCCUGACAUCCACCUGUUCAAACAAAAUCUCUUCUACUUGGAGACUCUGAACACCAAGCAGAAAUUAUACCACAAAAAGAUCUUCCGGACCACUAUGCUGUUCCAGUUUGUGAAUGUGCUGCUCCAGGUCCUGGUUCAUAAGUCUCAUGACCUUCUACAAGAGGAGAUUGGCAUUGCCAUUUACAACAUGGCUUCUGUCGACUUUGAUGGCUUCUUUGCAGCCUUUCUUCCAGAGUUCCUGACCAGCUGUGAUGGUGUGGAUGCCAAUCAGAAAAAUGUGCUGGGACGAAAUUUCAAGAUGGAUCGGGACCUGCCCUCGUUCACCCAGAAUGUGCACAGGCUGGUAAAUGACCUACGUUACUACCGACUCUGCAACGACAGCCUGCCCCCUGGCACUGUGAAGCUCUAGGAGUGCCUGCUUGCCUUCCUGGCUGCUCACUGCCCCAGGGACGUGCCUGCUGCCACCGCCACCUACACCACCUGCACCUGUGCCACGGAAGUCUGUGACAAGCCUUGGCCACUCUCUGGAUGGUCAUGCCCUGAGCAAGUGGCCUGCCUUUGCCCUCUCCUGCUGCCACCAACACAGCAGGCCUUGGGGUCCAUUUGACACUGGUAGAGUUUCCAGGCAUUUGGAGCAAACAGAGGGUCAUGUGGCCGGAUGCCAGGAAGGCACCCAGAGGUCCCACAGCGUGGUCCAUGCAGAUCAUGUGUCUAUCAGUCCUGAGUCCGAAUCGCCAAGGACCGCUUACAACAGUGCCACCUUCUCACCAUUCCACCUCCCCACCCUCCUGGCCGGCCAGCCCAGGAGAAAUUCGACAGCAGAACUAUUUCUGUCGAGCCUCCUGCCCUCCGAUUGCCUUGAAGUCUCUGCUCUUUGUCAGAGAUUCGUGAAGACUCGCAUUUUUUUGUUCUUGUUUUCUCAUCAUUCCAUUGUGAUACUAAGAAGCUUAAUGGAUAAAUAAAAUGCUUAAGUUGUUGUUAUAGAA